CGUCGGAUGAGUUCCCUAUAAAGCACAUAUCCACUUCUCUCUCUAUCGAAUUCCGGGAUGGAUCCUAAUCUGCCAUGUGUAUCGCGUUUCGGAGGCAUGCCCAAAAAACCCGCGUGCGUUUGUUCACUACAUUUUACCCACCUAAGAGCAGCAUUACAUCCUUACCUAUCUGUCUACCAUCUCCUAUCUCCUAAUGAGUCUACUUCCUUUGUCUGAUCUCAAUCAAAUCAAAUCUUAUCCUGUCCCACCUCAUUAUGACUCUCACUCUCAACCAUCGCAUUUGCCUUCUCCUCCCUCACACAGCCAUCGGAAUCCGGCACAGCGCCAAGCCCCCAUCUAAUCUGAUCACCCACUACAAUGUGGCUGAGCAUGUGGCUUGUCGCACUAAUGGUCUAGCUCCCUCAGCCACAUCUGCUCAGCGUCGCGUCACCACCGUUCCAACGACUCAGGUUUGAUGUCACCGGCUCCACAAUCGUGACUCGAGAUGACGAAAUGACGGAAUGAUGAGAUGACGACAAGGUAGUUUCUCAAGGUUCGUUUUGUUGCACGUCGCAAAAGGUACAUAUAGGAAAGAGUCCCCCGAAUUUGGAUGGAAGGGCAGGGCAGGGCGCUGAGCACGUGGCAACCAUGGAACGAACGACCACGUCCAUGAGAAACGCAUCCAGAUUGCUCGCCGACAAGAAAUAAAGUGCUGCGGAGAUCAAAAUACCUCUUCUUACCACUUUUCACUGUUUUCGGUGUUUAAAAUCCCUCGAUCCAUUUGUUUUUGCUGUUCUGGUCGUCAAGUGGCCCAGAUGAGGGGCAAUAUGACCCCGCCUCCUGUUCUACUCGUGUCCUCUUAGUUUCUUAUAUAUCACUCCUCUGCAAACGCAACAGACCAUGCAUCUUCUCUCUGCCUUUGCCACUCAAUUUCUAUUUUUUCCUUAGAAAAGAAAACCUGUCAAUGCCGUGGUAGAGCCAUCUCUGUCAGCGUGUCUUUCAUCUUCUCCUGUGUGGAAAUUCACGGUCGUUGAUAUUUUCUUCCUAUAAAUUUACUCACUGGAGGUUACAUGGACAUGAAUUGAACCCCCCUGGUUGGAAUGGUCUUGUUCAUGGUGUAGAAGUCCUCGUGCAUGGUGUGUGGAUUUCGUGCUCGAUUUGGUGUCCACCAAUCCCAAAAUUAGGCAUCAACUAUCAACAUCUCCCGCAAUACUUUCGUGGAUUUGAUGCUUGUGGUUCGCAAUUAUCAAUGCAUGAAUCACUUGGUCAUUCCCCGAACGUCUAUACUUCGCACCUUCAUAUGGUUACCAAGUGAUUGGGCAGUCUCCUCGCUAAAUUCGUCAGGCCGCUUUCUUCCAAUCCUUCUCUACCUCGUUUAUGUAUCUAGCCCCACUGCAACGAGCCGGGCCGAUAUGUCACGAUCCUACAAACCCUUCAGUCAAUUCACACAUAACCUACCAUGGGGCAUAAAAAGUGUGGAGGAGAUGUACAUGUACAACUUCAUGACGCAGAAGGCCGCACAGGCCGAGUACAGGAAAGGUAGGAGCGGUGUACAAGUGAACUAUACCAUCAAGAAUGUAAAUCCUACAAUCAGAUUAUCUCCUUCAAAUUCCAACCUCAUUUUCCCAAGACGAUGUUCCCAAAUUCCACUACCACCAUGCCAACAAAACCCAAAUCCAUCACCCUCCAUUCCUCGCCCUCCCUCAGGACCAUCAUAUCCUACCUCAUCCCCUCCCUCGCCCACUGCCAAGUCGGCUUCAGCACAACCUCCAUCUCCGGCUUCCAAGCCAUGACCGGCUUCCUCACCACCUACGGCCACCCGGACCCCCUCACCCCCACCGGCUACAACAUGGGACUCAUCCCGCAACAACUCGCCGCCUCCUUCAUCAACCUCGGCACCAUCCUCGGUCUCCUCCUCUGCGCCACCCCUCUCCUACAACACACUCUCUCCCGUCGCCAAACCCUCUGGCUCGCCAGUCUCAUCUCGAUCCUCGGAUCGGGUCUACAGCUCAAACAUUCACCCGUAAGCGGUCUCUAUGCAAGGAGGAUAAUAAUCGGUCUCUCAAACGGCCUGUUCAUCUCCUCCGCAAAUAUAUAUACAUCCGAGACCGCGCCAGCACAUCUCAAACACAAAAUUUCGUCUCUCUUUCCACUCUGGUUCUGUACAGGUGGUGUGCUCGGUGCAGUGACGAACAAUUUCACGCAGCAUUUACAGACGAGCUGGGCUUAUAAGAUCCCGUUGACAUGCCACAUUACGAUUCCGUCCCUGCUGUGUAUCCUUGUUUUGUUCACGCCUGAGUCUCCGCGGUGGUUACUCCUCCAUGGACGAGGUAAAGGGGAAGGACACCUCGACGCAGCUCGCCAUUCUCUCAUCCUGCUCCGCGGCCACGGCACUUCCCUCCAUACACUGGACGUCGAGAUUGACAAAGAAAUCCUAGAAAUCCAGGAAGACAUUGGUUCACAGCGGAAAAUCAAACAGUCACAAUCACUUCUAAGCCGGUACCUAUACCUCGACCUCUGGACUUCCCACCCCCAACACCACCCUCACCAUGACCGUCGUCACACUCUCCUCUGCAUCUCCCUAUUCCUAACCAACUCCUCCUCCGGGAUCUGGCUCCUCCUUUCCUACGGCACAGUCGUAUUCCAACUCUCUGGCGUGAAUCAUCCAUUCCACGCAUCCAUCUACAACAAUAUCGCCAACCUUCUCGGUACAAUCCUCGGUUUAUAUCUCUGCACCAAGCAAGGAAUACAGAGCUCCAAAAGUAUGAUGGUGCUGGUUCUAGUGGGGAGUUUCUUUCAAGCUGUGUGUAUGCUCGGUGUAGCUGUUCCGUUCACCAUCAUGCCGGACUCCGACCUCGCUGGGGUGAUUCUGUUGAUCUGCGUGGUUGUGCAUGGGUUUGUGUAUUCUGCGUUCUCAGGGGGGUUGGUGGUAGCGAAGUUGUGUAGUCAGAUUGUGGAUCCGGAGUUUCGGGGGAGGGUGGUGGGUUUGGGUACGGGUGUGAAUCAUGUCACUGCUUGGCUUAUUGCGUUCACGACGCCGUAUUUCAUCAAUACUCGAGAAUUGAAUUGGGGUCCGAAAGCUGCGUUUAUCUGGGCUGCGUCGAAUACGGUAACUAGUAUCUUACUUCUGCUCUUCCUCGCGACCGAAACCAAAGGAUGUACACACAAAGAGACCGACAAAGUUAUUCAAGAUCAGGACCAUAAUCUGGCAAAAGAUGAAUGUAGGGAGUUAUCACGGCUUGCUUGAGAGCUUUGAGCAUUGUUGUAUAGCCUUUAAUACACCACCCUUCUACUAAA